GUCGGGCCCAAAGUGACCAAGGGCAAGAGCAAGCAAAAGAAGGUGUGCCUGCCUCCAAUGCCUGCGCCCACCAUCAUACUCUCCGCGAAGGCGCCGGAGCUGCCCACCGAAGCCCCCACCGCAUCUGACGUGACGCUGCCCGCCGCCGCUAGCACGAUUGCUGACGCCCCUGUCAUAAGCCUCGAGGACAGGAGCGCGACUCUCGCUCCGAUCGAGGACACUAGCGCGGUUCUCGCGACGAGCACCGCCACUGCCACGCCAGCCGAGAACGUCGAAGCUCCCCCGCCAGAUGUGGUGAGUUCGACACCGUGCUCUCCUGUGGGGGCUGCAGAUGCCACGGACACUGCACGGACGUCGACGACUGGGCAGGGCGGCAAGCUCCUUGUCAUUCCGAAGACGAUCUCUCCCCCAAAUGGGAGUUCACUCGCGCCUGGAUCAAUGACCCAACAAACGUGCCAUACAUGGAGGCACGCUUCAACAAGGCUUGGAAGUCGGUGAGGGAGAGCGCUGUAGAGUUAAAGGAUACUUCCGAUGAAGAGAGAACGACACCUCUUGCUUGAUCCGACAGUGUCAUUCGCGCACUAUGCUGUCAGUCUGACAUACGCCACGCCAACAUCAGCUCUCCCGCUUGCUAAGCCGACAUUCGCUUCUCUUCGCUGUUUUUACCGAUUCACUGCUUU